GUCAAUACUCGCCGCCCAAUCGUACCAAAUGAUAGACCGCUGAAAAAGUCUUAGACGCAGCCAAUUGCGACUCAUGGCGGCUAUGUCAAUUCAAUUCAACGACGUCUCUCUCUCUCUCUCAGAUAGGAGUGGAGUUUGGUGUUGAAGUCUGUUGUUAUUCUCUCUCGUUUCCUCUGAUCGAAACAAUCACGACGAUACGAUGAUGAUGAUGGAGGUAACAACAACAACAACAGCAAACCCAACAAAGCUGGAUUACCACGACGACAUGUGGAAGUUCCAUUCCGUCUCUUCCUUCGUCUCCUUCUUCCAGGGUGAAGAUGGUCGAUGCGCUUUGAUACUUGACUCCACUAUCUUCUAUCCCCAAGGUGGUGGUCAGCCCUCCGACACCGGUUUCAUCACCAUUUCUUCCCAUCCUCACUUCAAAUUCAUUGUCAAUGACGUCCGAUCCAAGGAUGGAAUUGUUUUUCACUAUGGGUUUUUUGAGAAUUCUGGGGAGGGAUUUGAAUCAAAACUUGAGAAAGGGGUUCAAGUUCUGUUAUACGUGGAUGAGUCGCGUCGCACUCUCAAUUCUAGGUUGCACUCAGCUGGGCAUUUGCUGGACGCUUGUUUGGGGAAUGUAGGGUUAGGUUAUCUAGAGCCGACCAAAGCCUACCAUUUCCCUGAUGGGCCAUAUGUUGAAUAUAAAGGUUCAGUUCCACAGAGUGAAAUGCAAAUGAAGCAAAAGGAGUUAGAGAUAGAAGCUAAUAAAUUAAUUUCUAAGGGAGGGAAAGUUUCUGCUGCUAUUUUACCAUAUGAAGAAGCUUGUGAGCUGUGUGGUGGCUGCCUUCCUGAUUACAUCCCAAAGGGAAGUACUCCUCGGAUUGUGAAGUUAGGGGACACUCCUGGCUGCCCUUGUGGGGGUACACACGUUGCUGAUAUUUCAGAGAUUUUGAGCAUGAAGGUUUCUCAAAUGCGGACAAAGAAGGGAAUGACAAAAGUUUUUUACAAUGUUGGAUCCUAGACUGGCGCUUAAACCUGCAUUUGUCAUUUAUAUCUAGAAGGUCUGCUUCUUUGGGGUCGAAAGGCAAGUGUUAUAGGAAACUUUGUGAUGGCUAGUCAGUUCAUCGGUCCACUUACAGGAAAUCAAUAUUAAAACUGUGUCAAGAUAAAUUAAAAAUACUUUGAUACAUUAUUCAUCAUUUAUGCAGAACCUCAAACUUCUUUGUUAUCUUCGUGUAAUUUCUCGAAGUAUGGAGGGUAUAAAGUCUUCUAUUUAUUUAGAGAUUGUUAAACAAGGAAAUUAUACAAGCGAUGCUAUCACACAAAUAAACGGUGGAGAUUCAUUUGUC